AAGAUUGGAGGAAGAGUACAUAGAUCUAGCGACAAAGAUCGAAAGAGACGCAUCGCUGUCAGAGCUGGCCGAUACCGGAGUACCGCUGUGUCCACUGUGUAACAAGAUGGAACUGACCCUCAACCAGGACGGCAGCAGGUCCAGUAUGAACGUGUGUGUGGACUGCGAGAAGAUGACUUGCACACGCUGUGGUGGCUACCAGACAUCAGUGACCACCAGG